AAGAACAAACAAGCAAAGAUGGCGGCGUUUCCGACAUGGUUGUUUUUGUGAACUUUUGUACUUUGUUCUUUGGUGCGACUACAUUCCUUCUCACUUCAUCUUCAUGUUAAUAUAUGACAGUAGCUCUGCAUUUAUUUGUGCGUCGUUGUUGCAGCGCGUCGUGGUGUCUUUUCACUGAUAUAUCUCUCGCCCGUUCACUGUCAGCGGUGACGUAAAGGAGAGAAACUGAAACAACAUUAUAUUAGCAGCUACGACAUGAAGGAGGACUUGGCCCUGGUUCAGACGCUGAACGCGCACCCGGACUCCCGGUGCUGGUUCGUCAGCUGGAGCCCGACUGGGACGCUGCUGGCCUCAUGUGGGGGCGACAAGGCCAUCCGGAUAUGGGGACUAGAGGGUGACUCUUGGGUAUGUAAGAGUGUGCUUCAGGAUGGACACCAGCGCACUGUGAGGAGAGUGGCUUGGUCUCCGUGUGGGAAUUACCUGGCCUCUGCCAGCUUCGACGCAACCACUUGCAUCUGGAAAAAGAAGAACAAUGAAUUUGAGAGUUUGACUGUGUUAGAAGGACAUGAAAACGAGGUCAAGUCUGUGGCGUGGGCCCCGUCAGGGAAUCUGCUGGCAACAUGUAGCCGAGACAAGAGUGUCUGGGUCUGGGAAGUGGAUGAAGAAGAUGAGUAUGAGUGCGUUACCGUUGUGAACUCUCACACACAAGACGUCAAGCACAUUGUGUGGCACCCAACACAGGAGCUCCUCGCUUCAGCCAGCUACGACAACAACGUUUGUAUUUACAAGGAAGAGGAUGACGACUGGGAGUGUCGGGCCACCUUGCAAGGACACACAUCCACAGUCUGGAGUUUGGAUUUUGAUGCCACUGGACAGCGGCUGGCCUCAUGCAGUGACGACCGCACUGUGAAGAUCUGGAAAGAGUCUCCUAAUGAAAGUGGACAAGGAGACUUGUCGUGGAAGUGUGUUUGCACUCUGUCGGGGUAUCAUGGACGAACAGUGUAUGAUGUCGCCUGGUGUCGGCUGACUGGCGCCCUGGCAACUGCCUGUGGUGACGACGCAGUGCGAGUGUUCAAGGAGGACGAGUCCGCCGAUCCGGACCAGCCGGUCUUCUCGCUGGCUGCUCAGGUGACCAAAGCUCACAGCCAGGAUGUCAACUGUGUCGCCUGGAACCCAAAGGAGGCGGGACUCCUGGCCUCCUGCAGCGAUGAUGGAGAGAUCAGUAUCUGGAGGUUCAAACCGGAAGACUAAAUGCUGAACAAAGCGGUCCGGAGAUCACCACCCUCAAUACUGUUCAUUCAACUUUUAACAGCUUAUCCACAUAGCUCAGCAGAAUUCAGCUUGAUAUUACAGUGAAUAAACAUGUCACCGGUCAUGUCAGUUUUUCUAAACUGAAUGCUCCCCACAUUUUGUGCGUCUACAUAUUUCUUUAUAAGAGCUUACUUAAGAAUUUAACAUUUCAUCACAUUUAUAUAAAUAAACAUAAAAAACAAUAUAAAA